GAAAGAUACUUCAUCUUAAAACGACCGGGCACGUGUGGUACUCCACAACCAUGCGUUGGCGAAGAAAUAUUUUUAUUUUCCUCGUAUCAUGCCUUCAGAUUUUCCUUUUUGCAAGUGUUUUUUAUCUUUUUAGGAAUUGCUUCAAAAAAUCGGACUUAACGACUAAAGGAGUAGUAACAGAAAUUGGUCAAAGGGAAACGGACCGAGUCGGUCCUUCAUUCAAAAUGGUGCAAGCAGCAUACGACAAGAUGUCCUCGUUAGAUCACUUUCCGACGCAAAAGCAGACAUUACACCUAAGUGGAAGUGUUGACAAGAACGAAACGGGUACGUUUUUAAGAGCAGAGGCGGAUAAUACUUUAAGGGAAGAGAAUGAAAUUUAUCUUAUGAGGAGGAAACACAAAAAGACAAGAUUAAAACUCAUCGUAGCCAUUCUCAGCGCACCGAUACGAUUUGAUCGACGGGAAGGGAUACGACGAACUUGGAUGAACCAAUGUUCAUCGGAAGAAGUCGUAUGUCGUUUCUUUACCGAUAGCUUAUUCGACAUGGAACCGAACGUGCGAAGUGUUCUUGUCAACGAAAGCAACCAAUACGGCGAUCUGGAAUUUAUGCCAAUUCCCAAGGGAUAUAACUUCGGACUUCGGCUGUUAUGGUUGAUGGAAUGGUCUGCGGAAAGAUAUGAGUUUGACUUCUUCUUGAGAAUGGACGAUGAUUACUUCGUCUGCUUAAAAAGACUGCUGUUCGAGAUCCCCUUCAGGCCUCAGAAAAGACUAUAUUGGGGUUAUGUUCACUGUGAAGUGGAAGGACUGGUACGAAUAGACGAGGGUUUCCUCCUAUUAUCAGAAGACUUGGUAUUGGAGUUUACGCGCAAGAGAAAUAAGUUGCUUUGUCAUCCGUUCGGUGAUCAAACAGUCGCGAUAUGGAUGAAUGAUGUUAAAAAUGUUAUUUUCUUUCACGAUCCUCGAAUAUUUCACGACGUAUCCGCGAAAGUUCCCGAGUUCAAGUCUUUUGAUAAAAUGUGUUUGAAGUACAUCAGUCUGCAUGGAUCUUAUUUGCACGAAAUGUUGCUCUAUUGGGAGACCUCUUCAAAAGAAAACCAUUCUACUUUUUGGGUCCCUUCCAUUCAGCCAAUCAGUAACCUAUGUCCGUUAAGCACGCGUUUUGAUUGGCGGGCCAUGGGAGGCCCUCCUUAUGGUUAUGAACCAAAACCGUGCGUGCUGAAACCUCUCUGGGACAUUGGAAGCAUGCAUCGAGGAAGGAACAUGAUGUAAGGACCCUUCAUCCCAAAGAAAUCGAAGAACAAGACUAAUGUGGACAAUAUUGAUCAAAUCAUAAUAAACGCAGAAAACCAUACACAAUUUGAUUCGGCUUAAACAGGUCCACUUUGUAUGGACCAAUCUACGGUUAGCGCUUGCGGUUUAGUUUUUCUGACGCCUUAUUGAUUACUUUUUGAAAAGAAAAGCAUACUCUUCCCUAAAUGUCUGUUGUAGCCAGUCUCAGAAUUUAUCGAGAUAAAGUUAAAUCAAUCAUAAAAGAGUUAAUGUCUAAUUAGGAAAACCAAAUUAAUGGCCUGUACUUUCAUAGUGACUUUUAACAGCUAAAUUACGCGAACGGCAAACAUCAAGAUAUCACGUGACAUACUUCUUGAUGCGUGAUUUGAAGUUUGCAGUCCACGUGUGAACAUCAGAAAUGCUCUUUUGCGGUAAGUGAUUUACGACUAAGUUUUUCUCACACUUUGAGACUCAAAACUCAUGUUCUAUGCUCUUAUUUAAUUCCUGUAUUACCUGAAAUACCGUCUAGACACACAAGUUUAAUUGGACACUUAGAGAGUAGACAGAUUAUAAUAGUUUGAUUUGGUGUGUGUAAAAGCGUUCUGAAAUUCUUACAAACAUGGCGUUUGGAAACCUUUGCAUGUCCUUCUAUUGACAGAUUUAUUGACUAAAUUUACACUUUUCUUUGAAAGAUGGCUCCUUUUCGAUUUGCCUUUUAUUUAGCAUUCGAUGUCGUUAACGUUUGCUAGAUUCAAGCGACAACGUCGUUACCGUUAUUCGGGAAAAGCUGUACACAUCGUCAAAACAGCGAGAGGACCCAAUUAAUUAUGGAACCAAUGUCUAGUGGUGGGUAAUAAAGAAAUGCAAAGUGCAAGCAUACGGCAAACUGUAAACUGCAAGCCAUAGUCUGCCGUCCGCGAUUGUUUUCUAUCUCAAUCUUUAAGUCUCUUAUUUAUUUACGUCGUGAAAAGUGUAUGGAAACAUGCAAAAGAAAGGCAAGUUUUCUACAUUCGAUUUCCAUGGUGGUGUCUUUUUAUAAUGAUAAAUUUUGCAAAAUAAAAUUAUUUUUUACAUAGUCAGUAUUUUUGAAAGAAUAUCAUGACUUCUGGUAUGCACUUGAAGUGUUUGCUAAUCUAUUUCUAGUAGUAGUAAAAUAUUUCUAUACGAUUGUUUUAAAAUCACUGUAUAUGCAGUCAUAA